AUGGCCAACGCGUCCUCGGCGGCGCCGGCGGCGGGGGGCUCGCCGCUGCUGCUGUGCGAGGACGAGGAGGCGGGCGCCGGCCGGCGCAUCCCCGUGUCGCUGCUGUACUCGGGGCUGGCGCUGGGCGGCACGCUGGCCAACGGCAUGGUCAUCUACCUGGUGGCGUCCUUCCGCAAGCUGCAGACCACCAGCAACGCCUUCAUCGUCAACGGCUGCGCCGCCGACCUGGGCGUGUGCGCGCUCUGGAUGCCGCAGGAGGCCGUGCUGGGGCUGCUGCCCGCCGCGCCGCCCGGGGGCUGGGCGGGCGCGGGCCGCUACCGGCUGCUGCGGGGCGCGCUGCUGGGCCUGGGCCUCACCGCCUCGCUGCUGUCCCACUGCCUCGUGGCGCUGAACCGCUACCUGCUCAUCACGCGGGCGCCCGCCACCUACCAGGCGCUGUACCGGCGGCGCCACACGGCCGGCAUGCUGGCGCUGUGCUGGGCGCUGGCGCUGGCGCUGGCGCUGCUGCUGCCGCCCUGGGCGCCGCGGCCGGGCCCCGCCGACCCCGGCCCCGCCGACCCCGGCCCCGCCGACCCCGGCCCCGCCGACCCCGGCCCCGCCGACCCCGGCCCCGCGGGCGCGCGCCUGCACUAUCCCGCGCUGCUGGCGGCCGCGGCGCUGCUGGCGCAGACGGCGCUGCUGCUGCACUGCUACCUGGGCAUCGUGCGCCGCGUGCGGGUCAGCGUGAAGCGGGUCAGCGUCCUCAACUUCCACCUGCUGCACCAGCUGCCCGGCUGCGCCGCCGCCGCGCUGCCCGCCGCGCUGCCCGCCCCGCGCGCGCCCGGCCCCGGCCCCGGCCCCGCGCCCGCGCCGCCCCUGCCGGCCCGGCGCGCCCCGCGGCGGCUCAGCGGGCUGUCGGUGCUGCUGCUGGGCGGCGUGUUCCUGCUGGCCACGCAGCCGCUCGCCUGGGUGAGCCUGGCCCGCGGGCUGGCGCUGCCCGUGCCCGGCGCCGUGCAGGCGGCCAGCUGGCUGCUGUGCUGCGCGCUGUCGGCGCUCAACCCGCUGCUCUACACGUGGAGGAACGAGGAGUUCCGCCGCUCCGUGCGCUCCGUGCUGCCCGGCGUGGGGGACGCGGCCGCCGCCGCCGCCGCCGCCACCGCCGUGCCCGCCGUGUCGCAGGCGCAGCUGGGCGCCGCCGGGCAGCCCUGGUGA